GCGCAGCUGUAAACAGCGGGCACCUGGCCACACACCUGUGCGGGGCCGUCUUUCCCCCUCUCCUCACGCAAGAAUGGGGAGCUCCCAGCCGCCGCCGCUUCUAUUGCUGGCUCUGCUGCUGCUGCUGCUGCUGCAAGCUUCUGAUAGGAAUUCCUCUGUUCUCGCGAGCAGCUCUACAGUUACUACAACCACAGGGACAGAGAGCCUGCCUUCCAUAUCUCUGACUUCUCCCUUCAGCUACAGCUCCUCCACUGUUGGGGAAACCCAGACCAGCUUAGAGAACCCAGGGCCAGGCUCCACAGCCCAUCCCAACAGCCCUAGUUCAGAGCCCACAACCUCCCCCAGCCCCUCAGAUUCAGGGGCAGCCUCCACCACCCAGCCCACCUCCUCCCAGCCAGAGCCAGACACCCACCCUAGCCCUGGCUCCCCCAGUUCAGAGCACACCGUCGCCUCCCCGUCCAGCGCCCUGAGCUCUAUCUCCUCGGCCACCCUGCCUUUGAGUUCCACUCACCCCAACCCCAGCACGCUGCCUUCCUCUGUGUCCACGGCCACCACUGACCGGACAUCCGAGACAUCUGGUUAUGCCCCAGGUGAUUCUGGGACCCCCAAGUUGCACCGGAACCCUGGCGUGGUGGUGGCCGUGUGUCUGCUGGUGUCUGUUUUGCUCAUCGGCUGUGUGAUCGCCGCAGUGAGGCGCUGUCACAGCGGGGUGUCCGAGUUCCAGAAGCUGGAUGAGGGGCUUGUGAGCCGAAGGUCGUCUUCUGCCCAUCGCACACUGCCGUGAUCUUCGAUCUUUGAAGCUGAAGGGGAAGGACUGGGAUGAGGCAGGGGCAUCUGGCGAGGGGCAAAGCUUGUGGGAAUAAAGCCCCUAUCAUUCCUCUGAGGCA